UAAAUGCAGCUCAUCAGCUAUCAAAAGGGGCAACCCUUUAUCUUCCAUGGAAUAAUAAAGGAGUGUGGAACAGUGAAGAGCUCAGCCUGCACUGUGAGGAGAAGACCUCAGAGGGCUGAUGGACGUCUACCAGGAGUCCGUGCACUACCUGAACUCACAGCACAUACCAGAACCAGAGUCUGAUGUCUUAGAGGAAGAUGUAUUCCAGGAGGAGGCAGAGUCCUGUUUACUAUCACCUCUCCAAGUUGAGAGCAUAGACUUCCCUGACACCCCUAUGUCAUGCAGCCCGAGAGAAAUGUUAGAGAGGAGACUUGUGGUCCUGAAAGGCAUCGUGGAGAGCGAGGAGGUCUACCUCAGAGAGCUGGAGGCCCUGCUGAUGCCCAUGAAGGCUUUGUGGGCCUCGGCUGGGACCUCCCAGCCAGUUUUGUCCAGCCAACAGGUCCAGACUGUUUUCUACCAGGUGCCAGAGCUCAGAGACAUGCACCAAAGCUUCUACUCAGACCUGAAGGCCCGGCUGAGUGCUCACUGCCAGACAGAUCCCAGCCUGGGUGAGGAAAGAGAGAUGAACGAAAUGGGUUUUGAACACAUGGUGGGGGACCUGUUUCUGAGAAUGGUGAACCAGAUUGGUCUGUAUGGUGGCUUCAUUGAAAACUACGAGAAAGCUAUUGAAGUUGUUCGCAAGUGCACCCAGUCAGACCCUCGCUUCCGAACUCUGGCUGAGAGCAUGACGUCUAACAAUGGCACAGAUAAAGCUCGGACCAAGUACACAUUUGAAGCUCUACUGUACAAGCCUUUAGAUAGAGUGACCAGGACUACACUAGUGCUGCGUGACCUCCUGAAGACCACACCGGCCGAACACAGAGACUAUACAGUGUUACAGGAAGCUUUGAGAUUGUCUCGCAGCUUCCUGUCUGGUGUCAACGAGAGUUCGCGGAGUAAACGGGAUGUCACCCUUAGUCAUGGCAUGAGACGUCAGCUGAUGCGUGAUGGCUUUGUGGUGGAUGCGAGUGAUGGGGAGCGCAGCCUGCGUCACCUCUUUCUUUACACCGACCUACUGCUGUGCACCAGACUAAAACAUGCAAACAGAGGGAAGCAGGAACAGUACAGGUUCUGCUGGUAUCUCCCUCUUGCUGGCCUAAAACUACGCUUGGUUACAGAUGAGGAUCAAUCAUCUGACACACACCUCCGUUUACACACCAUCAGGACCAAGAUGUACCUCCUCCAGCAGCAGCUCCAGCAACAAGCAAAGGGAUCCAGAAGCAUAAUCAUGGCAGCUCGUAGCAGGAAGAAACUGGAUCAGUUGGAGCUGAUGCUGUUCACACACUCCCCUGUUUACAAACUGGAGCUGCACAGCCCCAGUGGCAAGAGUCACUCUCUCCUCUUCUCCUCCUUGUAUGAACUCGAAGAAUGGAGAGAAGCCAUCUACAAACUCACCACAGACAACAUAGAAACAGUCCCUCCAGACCUGCUCACACUCACCAGUGCAUGUGUGAAACUGAGAAUGACCCAGCAGCCACCACUACACAGUGACAGCACAGUAGAGGACGAGGAAUCGAUGUGUGGGACUCUGAGUGUGGCCAUUCACUCUGCCUCUGGCCUGCAGCAACCAACCUGUGUUUAUGUGUGUGUAGAAGUAGAUGGCUAUGAGUUUCACGAUAAACAGGCCCAGACCCACUCGUCAGUCCACACGCUCAACCCACACUGGGACCAGGAGCUGUCUUUCCAGGUGGAUGGGGCACAGAACAUGAGGGUCCUCUGUGUGAGUCAGUCCGACCAACACCAUGAUACCGUUUUGGGAAAAACAACUUUAAAGUUGGAAUCUAAGUCCCUGAAUAAGCGAUGGAGGAGACAGACUCUGCAGCUUGGCCAGGUGGAGGUGACUCUGUCCCUGAAGUACACUCCCCAUCCGCUCCAGAUCCACAGCUCAACAGCAGCCUGUCUUCUACAGGAGGGGGUGCUGGUUCCCCAUGUGGUGCGAUGCUGCGUGGAGGAGGUGGAGAGGAGAGGGAUGGACGAAGUGGGAAUCUACAGGGUUUCAGGAACCAGCAGUGAAAUCAGCAAGCUCAAGGCUGCAUUCAACAGUAAUCUGCGGGAGGCAGUAACCAGACUGAGAAGUGCAGAGGUGAAUACCGUCUCUGGGCUUCUCAAGCUGUACUUCAGAGAGCUGCCGGAGCCGCUCAUUCCCACGGAGCUGUUUCAGAGUUUGACCAGGGUGCUGGACAUUAAGGACUUAGACUCCCGGCUCUCCUCCAUGCUGUCCCUGCUGCACUCCUGUCCUGACGCCAACCACCACACCUUCCUCUACCUCAUGCACCACCUCCAACGCAUCUCUGAGAGGGAAAACAUCAACAAGAUGUCUCUGAUGAACCUGGCCACAGUGUUUGGGCCCAGCCUCUUACGCCCCCCUGUGGUUGGACUGGGGCACCAUGGAUUCGCUGUGGAUAUUUCCCAGGAGGUGGUGGUGCAGGUCCAAGUGGUUUUCUGGUACCUGCAGUGCAGCAACCUCCCUGAAGCCCAGAUCACUCUGCCGCAUGACACAGAUGCUGAAGAUGAGACCACCCACAUGUGA